CCCUCCCCCGCCCCCCCAAUCAAAAUCAAUAACCCGCCGACAAACUCGCUCUCUCGUAUUCUCACGAUCUCCUCAAAAAGAGUUUUUACUUUCAGACCCAAAAUUCUCAGCCUAACUAAAACCCACCUAAUGCUUCCAACCACAAUGCCGGCUUCCUCGUUGAAACCCAUGCCUUUGUCAUAAAAAAAGGUUUUUUUUUUUUUUUUUUGAUUUGUUGGUGCUGGAUCGCCUAACGUUGAUUUCAGAGGCACUCGUAUAAAGACCCCACCUCGGUUUCUUCUCUUCUUGUGACUUCGUGAGAUGCCCGUGAGAAAAAUUGUUAUCCGGUUUUGGUGAUCAUUUCGGAGUUGGGUUUUUUGAUUUUGGGGAGAACCCAGAAAGGGAAGGCUGAGAAUUUGGCUAGAGUUAGCUAAAAGUUCCGAUUUUGGUAUCUGGGUUGUUCCCUUUUUGUUGGUAUCUUGUAUGUUCUUGUACCUUUAGACAUUGGGAUUGAUUUUAUACAGGAUUCCCAAAUUUUUAGUUGUUGAUUCUUUUUGUUAGAGUUGCAUUCUGGGAGUUGAAAGCUUUGGGGUUCUUAGAGCUUAUUAAUAUGGUGGGUACUGUAAAUGUGACCCCUGAUUCUCUCUACACGAACGGAUCCCUUCACAGCCCCAACGGAGUCGAAGAGAAACUCGACGAGCUCCGUCGCCUUUUCGGGAAAUCCGACGGCGACCUUCUGAAGAUCGUGGGCGUGGGCGCCGGGGCGUGGGGCAGCGUGUUUGCCGCCCUCUUGCAAGAUGCCUACGGGCACUUACGGGAGAAGGUCCAAAUAAGGAUAUGGAGGAGGCCCGGGAGGGCCGUGGACCGGUCGACCGCGGAGCACCUCUUUGAGGUGAUCAAUUCGAGGGAGGACGUCUUAAGGAGGUUAAUCCGGAGGUGCGCGUAUUUGAAAUAUGUUGAGGGGAGGCUAGGCGACAGGACGUUGUUUGCCGACGAGAUACUGAAGGAUGGUUUUUGCUUGAACAUGAUAGACACGCCGCUUUGCCCGAUGAAGGUUGUGACCAAUCUGCAAGAAGCUGUUUGGGAUGCUGAUGUUGUGAUUAACGGGCUGCCUUCGACCGAGACGAGAGAGGUUUUUGAGGAGAUCAGCAGGUAUUGGAAGGAAAGGAUUAGUGCACCGGUUAUAGUAUCUUUGGCGAAGGGAAUAGAGGCGGCGUUGGAUCCCGAACCGAGGAUUGUGACGCCGACUGAGAUGAUUAACCGAGCAACUGGAGUUCCAAUCGAAAAUAUCCUUUAUUUAGGAGGCCCAAACAUUGCUUCUGAGAUUUACAACAAGGAGUACGCCAAUGCUCGAAUAUGUGGAGCUGAUAAGUGGAGGAAACCUCUUGCUAAGUUUCUGAGGCAACCACAUUUUAUUGUAUGGGAUAACAGUGAUCUUGUUACCCAUGAAGUCAUGGGAGGCUUGAAGAAUGUCUAUGCUAUUGGUGCUGGCAUGGUAGCAGCUCUAACUAAUGAGAGUGCCACAAGUAAAUCAGUGUACUUUGCACAUUGCACCUCAGAGAUGAUAUUUAUCACACACUUGUUAACGGAAGAGCCAGAGAAACUUGCUGGCCCGCUGCUAGCCGACACUUAUGUUACCCUGUUAAAAGGUCGAAAUGCAUGGUAUGGCCAGAUGCUGGCCAAGGGAGAACUGAGUCUCGAUAUGGGUGACAGUAUCAAAGGAAAAGGAACAAUUCAGGGAGUAUCUGCGGUGGGUGCAUUUUAUGAACUUCUAAGCCAGUCCAGCUUGAAUGUGCUAAUUCCUGAAGAGAACAAGCCUGUUGCUCCAGUUGAGCUCUGCCCCAUUCUCAAAACUCUUUACAAAGUAUUGAUAACAAGGGAGCUUUCGACGCAAGCAAUUCUUCAGGCAUUAAGAGAUGAAACCAUGAAGGAUCCUCGUGAUAGGAUUGAGUUAGCUCAAAGCCACACUUUCUACAGACCCUCGCUUCUUGGCCAACCUCAUACUAAAAAUUGAUACUGUAUCAACUGUAAAAGUGAAGAGAUGUAAACCGAUGGGUGUUUUGGGCUUGUGGUAGAGCAUAAAUACAUGUAAUGAGCAGUUUUCAGUUAAUGAGAGAGUUCGCUUAUCUUCCUAUA